AUUAAUGAUCUUAUUGGUGAUAUCAUCUAUUAUAUGCUUACAUGCAUAUGAGAUUGAUGUGAAUACCUUUUCUAACUAUUUGGAUGUUCAAAAUAGACAUCUUCAUUUAGAAUGGUUAUUGAACAUGGAUAAGAAAUACAUCAAUGCUUCAUCUUCUUAUUCAUUUUAAGUUGUAGGUCGUUCAAUCAACAAAGUAUAGACAUUACUUUAUUCUAGAUUUCCCUUGAUAUCUAUAAACUUAACAUCUAUUCUACAUACCUUUAAAAUGGAAUAUUACUUCCACAUACAAUUGACAGUCCAUAUGCUGACUCUGAUCAAGGUCAACGCCUAAAUAUUCAACUAGAUAGAACUUAUUACAGAGGUGAAUAUAUAGAAUUAUCAAUCAAAUACUCUAUUGAUUCUAGAUCCAGAUCCAUUAGCUUCAUGACAAAAGAAUAAACUUCCACUAAAAGUACUAUAAUCUCUAACUUUAGCUAUGCCAUAUCUAUUCUCAUAAUGUGAAGAUGCAAACUGUAGAGCAUUGGCUCCUUUAUAGGAUACUCCAGCAAUCAAGUAAACUUACACUGCUACCAUCAUAUACAAAGAUACUGAGGCAUAAGAUGUUUUCAUGUCAGCUGAUGAAAGUAAAGAUCAAUUCAAAAUUCUUAAUAAACCACUAGAUGAAGCUAAUUUCAAUUGGAAAUAUAAAUAUUUUAUUCAAAAUGUCCCAAUUCCAAGUUAUCUUAUUGCUAUUGUGGCAGGUAACAUUUAAAAGGUUCCAACAAGUGCUGGAAUUAGAACAUUUUUGGUUAGUGAACCUGAUAAAAUUGCUGCCUACACUGAAGAAUUAAAAGAAAUGGAAUAAUUCUUAUAAGCAAUUGAACAAUAUAUUGGACCCUAUACAUGGGGUACUUACACAUUAGUAAUUUAACCUCCUUCAUUCCCUAUUGGUGGUAUGGAGAAUCCACUUUUAACAUUUGCUAAUCCUUCUAUCAUGACAGGAACAGGUAGUGGUUUAGCAGUAACUAUUCACGAAAUGGCACAUUCCUGGUUUGGUAAUACAAUCACAUGUGUUAAUUGGGCUAAUAUGUGGAUUAAUGAAGGAUUCACAGUAUUUCUAGAGAGAAAAGCAUCUUUAAUCCACUAUAAGAUACCUGAUGAUAUUAAAUUAAAUGCUAUCAUAGGAAAUACAUCUAUGUAUUAAGAUAUGCUUGGUUAUGGAUUAGAUAGUAAUUUUUCUUCAUUACAUCCUGAUACAACAGGACUUAAUCCAGAUGAUUCUUUCAGUGAAAUCCCUUAUGAAAAAGGAUAUUAAUUUUUAACUUAUUUAGAAUCUAUAGUAGGGGAAGUAGACUUUUAAAAUAUGCUUAGAGCAUAUUUAGCAUAAUACAAAUAUUAAUCUAUUGAUCAAAAAGAAUUUUAGAACUUUUUAUUAAGAUAUUUGUAUGAAUAAGGUGUAGAUGAUUAUUCUACAAAGAGAUAUAAGAUUUUAGAAAAUUGGAAUAAAUGGGUAUACUCUCCAGGAUUACCACCAGUAUUUCUUGAUUUUUCAACCAAUAAGCUUACUUAAGCUUUAGAUUAUUCUAAUGCUUAUAUUACAGCCGAUGGUAAAUAACCACCAAAUUGGUAAGAUUAUAAAGACUUUUUGCAUUCAUAAAAGCAAGUUUUCUUAGAAGAUCUUUUUAAGAAAGCUGAAAGCAAAUUGUUAAAAUUGAAUGUUGUUAAUUAAAUUGAUAAGGAUUUAAAGUUAACUGAAGAGAAUGAUUAUGAAUUAAAGUUUAGAUGGUUCAGAGCAAUUCUAACAGUAGGAGACAAAAGUAGAUUUACAUAGGUAGCAGAUUUUCUUGGAUCUGUAGGAAGAGGUAAAAUGGUUUAUCCAGUUUAUAGAGCUUUAAAUUAAUUGGAUCAGUAUUAUUUUAUUGUAUUUUAGUGAUUUUGCUGUUUAAACAUUCCGAAGUCAUGAAGCAUUUUAUCAUCCAAUUGCUAGAAAUAACAUUAUAAACAUCCUUGGAUUAAAAGACUCAUUUAUAUAAUGAAAAUAAAUC